AUGGCGCCGGAACCCGGCCAGGAUUCGCCACAGGACGAGGAGGGUUGGAGAUUGCAAGACGCCGCCGAUGAGCGCGAGAUUGCGAAGCUCCUUGGGAAGAGCCAGCAGGAUGGCACCGAAAGCUUCACCAUCGACGACACGCCUUUUGACCAGACUGGCAAGGCUGACGACGCCGAGGACUUUGAGGACAUCAGCGACGACGACCUCCCCGACGAGGAGGAGCCGGCCGCCAACUCGCUCGAGCUGCCUGGCCUUACCGAAGAUGGUACGAGCAACGAGCAGGACGACUUGUUCGGUGACGGUCCCUCUUCUCCCGCGGACCCCAUUCUUGGUCCACCCUCACCGGGGCCUCGUGUUCGCGACGACGAUGCUACCGAUCACUCGCACGCCGCCGACAACGACAACCAGAGUCCUCCUGGCAUGAACUUUGAUCCGGACCCACAUGUCUACGGCUCCGCGAACCAGGACCCCGACAUCCCCGCUGCCGCAGAGACGGCCGAGGAUAUACUCAAGGCCGCCUGGCCGGCCUACAAGAAGGGGCACGUCCUCGUCUGGAGCGAGCUUCUGCCGCCGAAGAAGGCCGUUUGGAAGGAGAAGAAGCCGCCAAGGAAACCGAAGCAUCUCGUGACGAGCAAGCAAUCGCUCGAAUGCGCUGCUGAUCAGGAGAAGAACUUUCGCAUCCCCGGCCCGGCCCAGGGUAGUAAAGCGACAGCAGCCGAUGGGCUCAACUCGCUCGUCCGCUGCACCAGCGACAAGACGAGCCACAACGACGAUCUUGUCCAGUUUGAGCUUGAACGGGACUCCGACAUGGACCUCGUCGGCGGCUUCACCCUGCGAGACAUCGAGUUGGCUUGCGAGGAUUGGAACACGCGCAUAGACGACAUCGAAGACGAGUUUCGACAGCGCCAGGCCGCCGAAAGGGAGCUUUCCUCACGCAAGCGCCAGCUCGACACCGAGCAGGAUGAUGAGUGGGACGCCGAGUUCUUGCUCGACACCGCCGAGGACCUGCAGCCCCGACCGAAGAAGCCAAGGGCCUUGACGUCCGGCCUUCCUCCGAUCCCCCGAUACGCGGCCCCCUCCUUUGACAAUUUCGAGGAGGCCACCCGCCGAGGAUCGAAGCGUGUCUACCUCGACAUGUCGGAUCCCUACCUCCUGCUCGAGACCGACAUGCCGCAGGCGGUCCAGCGCGCUCGAAACGACGCGAACCCCAAGAGGCCGGCCUCGGGAAAGGCCGGCCGCGGCCGAGACCUGUCGCAGCGCUUCAACCACUCCAACGACGACGCCUACGAGCUUCUCAAGGAGAACCAUCAGAGCAAGGUUCGGGCCACGCUCGGCAACAUUUCGGUCGAGCACAGCAUGCCCGCCAUCAAGCUCACCUGGCCCUACUAUAAGGUCAAGCUCACAGGGACGACGGACGAGUAUCACCGCCCUCGCUUCCGCUACAAGAAGUUUGCCGGCCAUGCCAUCAAGUUCGACAAGCCCCUUCACCACAAGCGGAAGCAGAUGAAGGGCAAGGCCCACGAAGUCUUCGUCAAGUCGAAGGAUCUCACCCUCGGCGACAACUCCACCGCCGUGCUCUUCGAGUACUGCGAACCCCGGCCGAGGGUCCUCAACAACUUCGGCAUGGGGAGCAAGCUGAUCAACUACUACCGCCGAAAGGAAAACAGCGAGGAGGAGCAGCUGCCGAAGCAGGACUUGGGCGAGUACCGCAUGCUGCUGCCCGAAGAUCGUUCCCCCUUUUCCCUCUUCGGCACCGUCGCCCCGGGCGAAACCGUCCCCACCCUGCACAACGAGAUGUACCGAGCGCCCGUGUUCAAGCACAGCCCGCGCGCGUCCGACUUUCUCGUCGUCCGCAACACGACGGGCAUUGAGGGGUCGCGCUGGUACCUUCACAAGAUUGACCACCUUCACGUCGUCGGCCAGUCCUUCCCGUCGGUCGAGGUGCCGGGGCCCCACAGCAGAAAGGUCACCAACGCGUCCAAGAACCGCAUGAAGAUGCUCGCCUUCCGCAUGAUCCGCCACAGCAAGACGGACAACUGCCAGCUCUCGGACAUGACCAAGCACAUCGCCGACUCGACCGACACGCAGAAUCGCCAGAAGCUGAAGGAGUUUCUCCAGUACGACAGGGACAGUGGCGAGAAGGGCAUGUGGCGCUUGCGGCCCACCGAGGUGCUGCCGGACGAGAACGCGAUCCGGGCGAUGAUCAAGCCGGAGGAGGUCAGCCUGCUCGACGCCAUGCAGCUCGGCAUCAAGGAGCUCGAGGAUGCCGGUUACGACCCUCGGAACGCGACCAUCGAGGACGACCAGGCGGCGACGGAGAACGUCGACGGCGCCGACGAGGAGGACGUGGAGGACGACGGCAGCAAGAUCACCAAGGCGGCCAAGAAGGCGCAGGAGAAGCAGGAGGAGACGCUCGCCGACAAGAUGGCACCGUGGAAGACGACCAAGGCCUUCAUCGACGCCUGCGCCCAGAAGGCCAUGCUGCAGCUGCACGGCGAGGGCGACCCCACCGGCCACGGUCUCGGCUUCAGCUUUAUCCGGACCUCGAUGAAGGGCGGAUACAUCGAGGCCGUCCAGGGCCCGCUCGCGACGUCGGCCGACGCCAUGGAACGGGAGAAGCGCGCGAACGGCGGGCACGCCUACAACGUCAAGAAGCAGCAAGCCAUGUACGAGGACGGCAUCAAGGAGAUUUGGGAGAAGCAAAAGUCGACGCUGUCGGACAAGCAGGAGCACGACGACAAGGACGUCGCCGCGACCGAGGACGAGGACGACCGAUUCAACCACGUUCCCGCCACGCCGGCGCACUUUGACGAGGGCGUGAGCCAGGUCAGCGGGUUGACGACGUCGACGAGCAGGCACCAGAAGCGCACGAUACGCAUCCUGAGGGAGGUGCGGAUGCCCGACGGCACGACGCAGAGCCGCAUCGAGGUCGUGCACGAUCCCGUCGUCAUUUCCCAGUACAUGAAGCGGCGGACGGAAGCCGAUCUGGAACUACGAGAGUACGUCGAGAAAUCCCUUCGCUGCCCCACGAGCCGGCGGCCUGCGCCCCGGAUCUGGAGUCGAUUGCCGCCCUCGACCCGAACGCUGCACAAGUGGGCAUGCCUCGCGAGGACGUACCUCGGGCCGGCCGUUGAGCCGGGCUGGACGGCCCCGGGAUCCGUCGCGGACGUGGUUGGCCUUGAGUUGAGGGCGCCUGCUUACGUCUAUCUCUCCACAGCAUCUACAGCUCCCGGCCUACGGGCAAUGCCGACCAUGACCGUCUUGCAAACCUUAGGUACCACCCCCCCCUCCCAGAUCCGACCUUGCCUGCGCGUGGCCGCUGACGAGACGGCGGCGGCAGAAUCAAGAAGGAGCUCGAGCGACUCGAGAAGAACAAGGCUCGACGGCAAGCCCGAGAGCAGCAGAAGGAGCUUCACCACAAAGCAAACAUGGGCGACGCGGGAUCCCCCGGCGGCCUGGGAGCCGAUAAGAUUCCCACCGGGACGACGCGGAAGUGCGCCAACUGCGGACAGGUUGGACACAUCAAGACGAACAAGAAGUAUAACCCCCCCCGAACCCCCCCCCUCUCGCGUACCCUUCGAUUGGUGGUGUGUACCGGGGCCCGAGGAGGAGCGCGGCCGAAGGAGGCGAGGAAGCAGGAAGAACGUGAGCCGUCUCGACAAGCUGUUGGGGAAGGCCGAGGCGCAGAGGCUCGUCGAGGCGAAGAAGCGAAUGGCGCGCGAGCUGGCAACCGAGAAGGCGGCGGCGAAAGCCCAAGCCCGACGAGAACGGCCAGAACGAGAGCGGCGGCGUGGUGGGCAAGGAGUGGAGCGGACAAGGCAGGGAGAGGCAGAGGAAGGAAGAGAGUGCGCGGCGAGAGAGGCGGAGGAGGCUCGAGGAGCCGGAGCAGAGAGCACCGGAACGAUGGCAAGCGCGUCGCUCGGCUGA